GAAGACCCGCCGCUGUUCGCUCGCCUAGCGCUGCAGCGCCCGGCACCGACUCCUAGUCCCCGUCCGCACCAUGGUGGGCGGGCGGCGGCGGCGGCGGCAGCAACCGCAGAUGGUACGGCUCCUUCUCUCUGCCGCUUUUUCCCACCUCCCGUGUAUUUUUCCCGCCACCACGAGGCGAGACCUCGCCGGCUACAGCCCACCCCUCCGUGGAAUCACCGUCUGUGGCUGCCGAUCCUCUUCCCUUCGCGCCCCAAAUUCGCUGCUUUGAUUUGUAUGCGGGGCGUCAUAGUUAAGAGGCCGACGGCAGCCGCGGCAGGCGAGGGACGCGGGGCGGGAGGGAGGAGGAUUUGGAAAAACAGCCGCUUUCCGGAGGUCUUGCCGCCGUCCCAAGUUCGACGGUGACGCCUGAGGUCACCUUCCUCCUGCUGUGCUGCUGCAGCGUCCGGAGAUUUAAAAGAUUUCUCUGAAAUUGAAAUUUACCUCAGUAGCAACUUUUGGAUAGGCUCUGAGCGCUGUCACCUUGGAGCUUCAUUGCAUUCCUGGGGCACAGAGGGUAUUUUCUGUGGUAUCUGCCAAGAGUGUUGUAACUUGAAAAUGGAAUAAUUUUUUUCUAUGUGAUAUUUAUCAGAGGAAUGACAAUUCGUUGAUACAAUAGAGGAAAAGGAAUCCAGGAUGGAUGGCUUAGUUAAGCAGAAAGGUGUGCUUAAUAAGCAUAAUAAGGCAAUUGACACCAAGAAGAAGAAUGGGUUGAUUAACACAAGGAACUUAAUGGCUGAAAACAGGGAGGGGUUGGUGUCUGUGUACCCAGCUGCUCAGUAUCAGGGUCGGCCAGUUGGGACUCUCUACUCCCCAAACUACUCCCAAAAUGACCCGAUACAACAGCUUCUUGACCCCAGUACUCUGCCACAGACAGUAGAAUCCCGCUAUCAUCCAAACAUCAUCCUCUAUUCAGAGAGCAUGCUACGAUCGUGGGGAGAAAGCCUGAGUGCAGAAUGCUGUGAAACGACCUUUAUUGAGGACAAGUCACCCACCAAAGGCUGCCUGGAUUAUCCUGAUGGCAAAUUUGUCAGUCUGUCCACAGAUGAGAUAAAGAUCCAGACCCUCUCCUAUGACGUGGAAGAAGAAGAAGAAGAUGAUGAUGACGACUUCCAGGAACUAGAGAGUGAUUAUUCAAGUGACACUGAUAGUGAAGACCAUUUCCUUAUGAUGCCUCCCAGGGAUCAUCUUGGACUCAGUGUGUUCUCCAUGCUCUGUUGUUUCUGGCCAUUGGGAAUUGCUGCUUUCUAUUUGUCACAUGAGACAAACAAAGCCAUUGCUAAAGGGGAUUUCCACCAAGCAAGCUCCAGUUCACGGCGAGCUCUCUUCUUGGCUGUGCUAUCAAUCACCAUUGGAACAGGCAUCUAUGUAGGGGUUGCUGUAGCACUCAUAGCUUAUCUGUCCAAAAAUAAUCACUUAUGAAACUUGACAAAUUAGACUGCUACAGAAAGCUAUAGAAGAAUGAUACUGUACCUUUCAAAUAUCAAUAGUUUUGAGAA